AUGUGAUGAUUUAUAACGGUGAAUAUGCACAACCAUUCUGUGGUGGUAAAACAAGCAUAUUGAAUUGUCUUAUAGCUAAGGAGUAUAAUAAGGAACAUAAUGACAAGCCGGUAUCGUAUGGUAUCAAAAAUAAGAAGAAAUUUCAAGGUGCAGAGGACCCGAUAUGCUUAGGUAUGAAAAGCCCAAUGAGAAACAUCAGUGGUACAUCUCGUAGACAAUAA